AUAUAAUUAUUUUUGAUUUAUUUAUUACUUUAUGAUUAUUUUAAAAAAUUAUAUUUAAUACUCUAGGAAGCUUUGUUGUUGUUGUUUUUUUUUUUUCUUCAACACCAACAAAAAUAAAUGGAACAAAGAGAAAAAUAAAAAGGGAGAGACAAACGAGAGAGCACGAGAGAGUUGCCAUCAACAAUUUAAUAAAAAAAAAAAAAAAUUUUAAUUGACUUCUCCAUAUUGAUGUUAUAUGUUUAUUUCGGUUAUUAUUGUUUUUUAUUUUUUCUAUACAAGUAAAUUAGUUGAGAGAAAAAAUUGUUACGUAGUGCAAAAAGUUGAUACAGUUUUACUACAGAUGAUGUUUUUUGCUGUGUGCAUACUAGUUAUCUGCGCCAAUUAAUUUUGAUUGUAAAAAAAAAUAUAUAAGGUAUAUUUUAUUAUACUUUAAGGAUAAUAUCAUAAUCAAUAAAACACAUAUUGGAUUAUUCAUUUUUCUUUUAAAUAUAUAUAUUUUUUUAUAUAUAAAGUUUUACUAUUGUUGUUAUUAUUAUUGACAUGAUAAUUUACGGAUGAAAAUAAACAAUUAUGUCAAAUGUUGAAGAUACAUAUAUGAAUGGAAUGGAGGAUUUUGAUAUUGAUGAACAUAAUGAAUAUUUAUUAAUUGCUAAAUCAGAACCACCAAACAAUGACGAAGAAGAAGAAGAAGGAGACACAAUAUAUCAUGAAGCCAUGAUGACUGAAAAAGAAACACAAAAUAAUUUUACAAUAUCAAAACAUGAAUUGUAUUAUGAUGAAAAUGAAUCAACUGAAUUUAACGAGAUGGAUUUAUUAAAUAAUUCAUCAUCAAAUUAUCUUGAUGAUAAUAAAAUUGAAUUUUUUAAACAAGAAACAAAUGACAUUGAUUAUAUGAUUGACGAAUCAAAUAAUUCAUCAUUAGAUAAUGAUGAAGAUGAUAAUAAUGGAAAUAAUAAUGACGAUGAUGAUGAUGAUGCAAGUGAUUCUGAUGAAAAAGCUGAUGAAGAAACAAUGGCAACAUUUUAUACAUCUGAUGGACAACGUUUAGCUUUAUAUGCUCUUGAAAAUUCAGAAGAUAUAUUUGCUGUAUCAGUUUAUGAUGAAUCAGCACCACCAAAUGAUUUUCAAUUUCUUGCUAAAUCAGAUGUUGAAAGACUCAUUAGUGAGGGUGCAAUUGAAACAGUUAAAAAACCAUCACAAUUAAAAAAAAAAAGUUUUCAUGUUGGUGAAACACCACCAAUUCCAAAAAGAACAACAACAACAACAACAACAAUUAAUAAUCCACCAAUAAUAAAUAAAUUACCAAGUGCAAAAAAUACAUAUGCAAAUGUUAAUGUUAGUAAAAAAAUUAAUAGUCCAUUAAAUGUUAAUCCAACAAGAACGACUUAUCAAAAUAUGAAUAAACCUAGAAGACAAACAAUACUAUCAUCAAAUGUAAAAAUAAUAAAACAUUAUUCAAAACCAUCUGAUAAAAUAAAUCCUCGAGAAAUUGUACAAAAAUCAACAGUACAACAUAUUCUACAAGAUAAUCAAGAAGAGGAUGAAGAAUUAACACUUGAUGAUAUUGCACAUUUAUUUACAAAAGAAAAAAUUCAAAAUAAAAAUGGAAUUAAUAAAAUUAUUGGUAAUAAUAAAAGUAAUACAGCAGUAACGUCAACUAAAACACCAGAAAAACCACAUAUCACAAGAAGAAUACCACAAAUUUUAAGCAAUACAGCAUCAAAAUAUUCAUCAAAUAAUAAUAGUAAUAAUAAUAAUCAUAGUUCAACACCAAUAAAACGUAAAAAUUCACCGGAAAUUAGAAAUAAUUUUUUAGGUAAAGGCGUGAGUCCACCACCACCGCCUGAUGAUAUAAAUAUGUCUGGAUUAAAUAGUCCAAAAAGUUCAACUGAUGAAUUAACAAAUUUUUCACGUAUGAAACGUUCAAGAAAACAACAGCUAACAUUUGUUGAUCGUGCUGAUUCAGAAAUAAUAAUACAACCAUUAGCUGAACAAGAAGAAGAAGAAAAAGAAGAAGAAAAAAAACGUACUGGUAAUAAACGUGGAAGAAAAAAACGUGAUUUACCAAAAAAAAAAAAACCAGCAAUAUUAAAAGGAACAAAAAAACGUAGAUAUUUUAGUAAAAAAUAUGCUACACGUAGAAUUGAAAUAAUUGAUGUUGAUACUGAUGUUAUUGAUGAUGAAUCAAGUGGUAAAAAGAAAAAAAAUAAAAUUGAUGAAAUAACAAUUUAUGAUGGUAAAGAAAAAGGUUCAAGUGAUAAAGAAAAUGAUAUUAUUGAAGUUGGUGAUACUGAUGAAGAUAAUAGAGAAGCGCAAGAACAAGUAGAAGAAGAUGAAAUUAAUGAAGAAGAUGAAGAUAAUGCUGAAGAGAUAGAAAAAAAUAAAAAAAAUAAAUUUGAAUGUCAUGAUUGUCAUAGAAUUUUUUAUACAAAAAGUGCAUUAAAAAAUAAUAAUAAUAAAACACGUGUAAAUUCAUUAAGAUCAUCACGUUUAAAUAAAAAUAAUAAUGAUGUAUCAAAUGAUAAUGAAAAAAAAUAUACUUGCAAAACAUGUGGUGAUAAAUUUGAUGUUGUUGUUGCAUUAGCAAGGCAUGUACGUUGUACUCAUAGUUUACAAAAAAAAAAAAUGAAUAAUGAUACAACAAAUGAAGAUCCAGAAUAUUCAAUACCACCGCAUACAUUAAAGAGUCAUGAAAUAAAUGAAAAAACAAAUUUAUUUAAUAAAAAUACACGUACAAGACGAAAAAAAAAAUUGUUUAAUGCUGAACCAUCAAUUGUUGUUAAAAGAAAAAUUGAUAGAGCACUUGUAAGGACUUCAUGGAAAUCUAAAAGUAUGGAUUGUCGUGAUUGUGGAAAAUGGUUUCCAAGUAUUGCACUUUUAUUGACUCAUUCACUUAAACAUGUCACCAAAAAAACUGCACAAUUUCUUUAUAAGAUUAAAAUUCAAAAAUCUACACAACAUAGAAAACAAUCGACGAAUAAAGAAACAUCUAUUAAAAAACGAACAAGGCCGAAAAAAAUUUAAAUUUAAAUAUUAAAUUUUCGAAAAAAAAAAAUACUGACUUUUAUGCAUAUUUUAUUUUCU